CACGAGAGAGGGAGGAGCGGCAGAUAAAUACAUUGCAGAGGCAGAAAGGGAAGGAGAUAGAGGAAAGGGAGAAGAGAAGCCACUGUGACUCUCUCUCAACCAACAUUUCUCAAACUUAGAGAGAGAAAGGGUAAUAGGGAGAGACAGACACACAGAAAAACAACAAAUUUCUCAAACCUUAUUAAGCCUUCAGAAUCCAGGAGGAGAAGAAGAAGUGGUCUGCCAUAGAAGGGAGGGCCAGAGGGAUUUCGAUUCAAGCUUCUCAAGAAACUACCGGUUUUCAUUCAACGAAACCGCUCUGGGAUUUCUCUUCUGCGGAGGGAGAGAAAUUCCGGUUUCUUCAUAAGAUUUCGGCUGCGCUCUUCCUUUUCUCGGAUUUGGUAAAUGAUACGAAUGGAGAAGAAGGAAGAGAAGAGCCAACAGAGAGGUUUUAAAGGAUUCGAACCAGAUUUACUGCUGCAGUGGGGGACCAAAAAGCGGCUGAGAUGCGUGAGAGUCAGAGGCCCUCAGCUCAUCUCCCAGAGAUCCAACGGCGGAUUCAACCGGAGAAUCACUUCCCGGAUUGAUAGAUUCGUCGUCUCCUCGCCAGAAAAAGAAAUCUCCCACCAUCUCCUUUCCAAUCGCAUUACAAGGAAUUCAGAUGCGGCGGGGGGUCGAUCGGCGGGGGUGAAUGAGAAGAGGAAAUUAGCGUCGUCGCCGGAGAAGGAGGACAGAUAUUACAGCACGAGAGGAUCUUCGGCGGCAGGAUUGGGGGUAGGUGGAGGAGCGGAGAAAGCCUGUUCUGCGGAGGUAAUAGAAGAGAGAGAAAGAGUGGUUUGGCCGAAGCUGUAUAUAAGCUUGUCAAGUAAAGAGAAAGAAGAAGACUUUAUGGCGAUGAAAGGUUGCAAGUUGCCUCAGAGACCCAAAAAGAGGUCCAAAAUCAUCCAAAGAACCGUUCUCGCAGUUUGCCCAGGAGCGUGGUUGACUGAUAUGUGCCAGGAGAGGUAUGAAGUUAGGGAGAAGAAGAGUUCCAAGAAGAGACCAACAGGGUUGAAAGCAAUGGGAAGUAUGGAGAGUGAUUCAGAAUGAUGAGGCAGAGGCAGAGGCAGAGGCAGAGGCGAUGGCUAUAUAUCUCUGGAUUAUUUUUUGGGGUGGUAGUGGUGGUGGGAGGAGAUUUUUUGUUAAUUGUUUAAACUUGUCUUUUCAUUUUGGGGGAAUUUGGGAAAGGGUUGUCCCUUGAAAAGAAAAGGAAAGAGGAUGGAGUGGUGGGUUGGAGUUUGGUGAUAGAGAGGGAGAGAAAGGUUAUGUCAUAUGUGUAAAGCCAAGUCCUCUCUCACUCUUGUUUCUGCCUUCAAUUCUUUCUUUUCUUCCUCUUCUGCUGCUUCUUCUUCUUCUUGCUUCUGCUGUACAGAAUCUCAAAAGGAGAAAAAAAAGGAGCCAAGAGGGAUCUGUAAUUUCAGUUGAAG